AUGCAUAGAAGGACAAGAAGAAGAUUAUGCUUUCAUAAUUUAUUGUCUUAUUGUGUUAUUGUACAAGUAGAAAGUUUAAAAAGAAAAGAAAAUGGAAAAUAUCUGCGCCUGUUGCAGGAAAUAUUUGCAGAAGUUGAAAUGGUUGUGGUUAGUAAGAUGCUUGUAGUAGAUGUAAGCACGAAUCAAAGAGUUAAAUAA